GGUCCCGUCAUCAUGGAUGAGAUGGAGGACAAGACUUCUGUGCCUUCAGACGAGAGUGAUGUUGAAGUUGACCUAAGACGAUCAUCCAAGAUCCAGCCAGAAAACAGAAGAACUUCUAGAUGGAGGAAUGGUGUGUAGUAACAUAGUACUAUGGAUAAGUCUGAUCAUGUGGCAUAUGCUGUUUGUCAAAUCAUUGUUUUUGUUUUGUUUCUCUUCCUUGUUCUAUGUUUUGCCUCUUGGCAAGUUUUUUGGAUAAACUAACCCUUUUCACAAUGUCCUGCUUUUACCCAUGUUCUUUUUCCUCUGUACCUUUUUUAUUCUCUCUCUGUUUUGACUCUCUCAAUCACUCUCCAAUUUUCAUCACUGUUAAAAUCUCUGUCAGAAUGUGUUACUGUCAACCUUAACACUCUCCCCGCCCCCUCUUCCUCUAUCUACCCCCUCUCUCUCUCUCUCUCUCUCUCUCUCUCUCUCUCUCUCUCUCUCUCUCUCUCUCUCUCUCUCUCUCUCUCUCUCUCUCUCUCUCUCUCUCUCUCUCUAUAUAUAUAUAUAUAUAUAUAUAUAUAUAUAUAUAUAUAUAUAUAUAUAUAUAUAUAUAUCCCUCUCUCUCUACCUCACUUUCCGUCUAUCUCUCUCUCUCUCUUCCUCUCCUACAGGUCAGUGUGUGCUGGCAGUACCCACCUCCUCCAUGCUGAGCCCCAGGUUUGAUCUGUCGCUCUGCAGGGCUCUGCUCGAGAGGGACGGCUUCCAGGUCAGUGCACACACGCAUACACACACGCAUGUGCAUGCACACGCACACAUGCACACACACACACGCACAUGCACACACAAACACUCUUGCUCUCGCUCUCCCUCUCUCUCUCUGGGUGCCCACUGGCACUCUUUAUUCUCAUCCGUUGUGCCUCGGUAUGUCAAGCAGCAUGUCCACUUGUGUGAGGAGGUUAAACUAGAAUAGCUCGUUAUCUCACUUCCUCUCUCAGACUGUCUUUUGUCUCACCAAAAUAUAGGCCUACUGUUAUUUUAUCAAUCCGAAAAGCUUUCAUGAAGAAAAACAUGACCCGUGCUAAUGCCACAAUCCUGAAUUUAUGAGCCAGCAAAUGGUACCCCAAACACUAUUUGCUAAGCUGAGGAAUAGGGCUGGAGAAAUGCCAGCACUCUUAAAUUUAUAGAUAAAGCUUUGCAUGCAAUGACUGACAUUCCAUGAGAUCAACAUGAUAGUUAAACAUAUUUUGAAGAUAUAGGCCUUAAAUGACAACAAAACAUGAACCAUGAGUGAGGCCGGGAUUCAAUCCAAUCGCUCCUUUUCAGCCAUGCACCUUUUAUUUGACCAGGUAAGUUGACUUAGAACACAUUCUCAUUUACAGCAAUGACCUGGGGAAUUGUUACAGGGGAGAGGAGGGGGGGAGAAAUGAGCCAAUUGGAAGCUGGGGAUGAUUAGGUGGCCAUGAUGGUAUGAGGGCCAGAUUGGGAAUUUAGCCAGGACACUUGGGUUAACACCUCUAAUCUUACGAUAAGUGCCAUGGGAUUUUUAAUGACCACAUAGUGUCAGGACACCAGUUUAACAUCCCAUCGAAAAGACAGCGCCUUACACAUGGCAAUGUCCCUAAUCACUGCCCUGGGGCAUUUUAUUUAGCUUAGAGGAAAGAGUGCCUCCUACUGGCCCUCCAACACCAUUUCCAGCAGCAUCUGGUCUCCCAUUCAGGACCAACCCUGCUUAGCUUCAGAGCCAAGCUAGCAGUGGGAUGCAGGGUGGUAUGCUGCUGGCAUUGGCAAAGGCAAUGUUUCCAUGUUUGCAUCCCGGCCUAUCCUUAUAUUUUAGGUUAUGAUGGGAUAAGACCAGUGUACUAAGCUCAUGAGGCAUUCUUAAGUUAUGUUCUUCAAAAAUCAGUAUAUAUCAUUAAUUGGAAUGACAAUUGAACAGCAGUUAAUGUUGAAAAUGUGUUGUUGGCUAAAACAUCACAUCCAGGGGAUGUUUUGUUUGUGUCAAAAAGCCCUGAACCAAAACUUGGCACAGAAAUUAUGAGAAGAACACAGCUGCAGAGUUGAUAUGACCACUGGGUUACGUGGCAAUACCCCUUAUCUAGAAUGGCUGUAGUGAUGCACUUGGAGCAGAGUGGCUGCGUUGCUGAAUUCUCUGGACACCUCUUCCCGACAGCUAAACAACCAACGCUCAAUGAUGAAUGGAGAAGGGAAGGUGUCCAGGGGGGUGGGACUGGGGCGGAACAAGGCGAUUACCUUCGGUCGCGCAGCAUCAGACCUUUUGGAGCACAGCUUAUACACACCCUUAAUGAGGGAAGUGAGAAAUAACAUUCUUAAACUUUUUGAUUUCCUUAUUUUCGUUUCUUCUUUUAGAAUUUAGUUUUUGUUAGGUUCUGGAGCGAAAUCUACAGAUUAAACAGCUUCAGUAAAGGUUGAGGUUUAUUUAUGUAGGCCUAAUAUUUACUCAGAGAUAGUGAAUGUGCCACGUCUGUACAUGAUCCGCCUAUGACAUGAUGCCUACCUGUAAAUCAGAUAAAAGGACAGGACCCACUUCAGCCGAGCACACCUACCUGCCUACCAGCCCAACCAGAACCAUGUUCGUGUUCUUCUGUGCCAUCUCUCUCCUCAGCCUUGCUUUGGAUGCUGAACAUGACACUCCUGACCAGGGUGAAGAGCUAUCCCGAAAAUCCUGCCACAUGGGCUGGUACGACUUCAAUGGACGCUGCUAUAAGUAUGUUGCCACACGACUGGACUGGGCAGACGCUGAGUCCUACUGUGUGACUCAGGGAGCAAACUUGGCCUCUGUGCACAGUGAGGCAGAACACCAGUUCAUCAAAACCCUAAUCAAGACUUUCGACCCUUUAGAGUUCUACACCUGGAUCGGGUUGUCUGACAUCGUUAGGGAGGGGAGGUGGAUGUGGACUGACGGGUCCAAGGUGGACUUUACUGACUGGUUUAAAUCAGACCCUGAUGGUGGAGAGGCUCAAAACUGUGUGAAUACAAACUAUCAAAAGCUGUGGAUUGAUAAUGACUGCAGCACGGGUUACGCCUUUGUCUGCGCAGAGCGUCUCUGCUAGUCAGUUGUCCGUCAAGAUGGAAGGGCUGUCCCUGGCUGUCCUGGGACUUCCAUCUUGAGAAGAAACCCUUUUUUCCUAAUAUUAAAUAAACACCUUAUAUUGAAAAUAAUUGUUGCUUAAAUUAUUGCUUCUGGAUUAUACAUAGAACUACAAAAGGUUUGUGUGCUCGCAUCAGCUGUCUUUUUGUUCUGUCAAGAAGCUCUGUGGCACAAAACUUGGCACAGAAAUUAUGAUAAAAACACAGGGUUACGUGGCAAUACCCACUUUUGUGGAAUGGCUGUAGUGCUGCUGCCUUUGUAGCACAGUUUAUUCACACAGACACAGCGAGUGAAGUAAGUGAUUUUUAUGUUAAAGAUCAUACUCACACACAUACACGCAUGCAUGCACACACACACUUUUACAACCUUUUGACCACCCAGAUCAAAGCACUCUUUUUUCCCCCUUAUCUUUUUCCCUCAUCUUGUUUAUUAUGUGGAAUGCAUUUUGGUAAAGUAUGAAAGCCAUUGCAUGGAAAAUUACAUUUAGAAUACAUUAUUACAAUGUUUUCAAUGUUUGGUUUCUACACUGUAGAUUCCUGUAGCAGAUUUUGAGACCCCUCUGGAUAUAGCACUGGACGUGCCCUCGGUCAGGAGAUACCUGUACCUUAACUCUUCUCUCUUCCACUUCAUCAUGGCACCGGUAGGGUCCCUCAAAGUAUUGAUGAAUAACUCAAGGGUCCAUUUUUACAUCCAUUACAUUAUUCACACUAUAGUGUCCAAUAUCUGUGAAUCUUAUACACCAUCAGGAGAUCUUAUACUAAUGUGUCCGGUAUCUGUUCAGAGUUAGUGCUUGUUCUUUGUAUGUUUAGUUUAUACUGUGUAUCAUUUUUAUCUCCCUUCCAGAUUCUAUAUGUGGUGAUAUGGUGUGCUGUGUUCUCCACUCUUCACCUCUAUCUCUCAGUCACUGACUACUGGGUCCUCGGCCUGUCUGUCAGUCUGGUCUCCAUCUUCCUCACCACAGUCAUCAUUGUCAUCCUCCACUAUAGUAACAAGGAGGUGGGUGUUCAAUCUGUUUAUCAGUCUGAGAGCACUUAAGAGUCUUAAUGGUUAGCCCACUUAUAAAUGCCAUCUAAUCUUUAAUCGCAGUGCUAAAAUUAGUGAGCUGCGGUAGCAACAUAAAUAAUGCAAAGAUAUUAAUAGGAAUACAUCUGUGCUUGUGGAAGCAAAUAAAUACACUGCAUAGAUAUGCCACACUCAAGAGGAUUGAAGCAAAAUAUUCACAGACACUUUGAAACCAAUGUGGUUCGUUAUGUAAGUCGCUCUGGAUAAGAGCGUCUGCUAAAUGACAAAAAAAAUAUAUAUAUAAAAAAUGAAUAUCCAUAGAGAUAUUGGACUAUAGUCUGUAACCAGUUUUAAGACCCUAAAACGUUAGAUGUAGAUGUACCUGUAAUGUUUAAUGGUCGUCCUACAGAUAAACAUGAACAUUGACGUGCGACUCAUCCAGGUGAAUGAGAGGCUGAGCCGACAUAAGCUGCUAGUGGGCGUGGCUGACUGGGUGCAGAACUGUACUGGAAGUCUACAGGUAGGCUACUGUAACCUGCACAUACAGGCAGCUCAAUCUGAGAAGGCAGACAUUUUGUGUCAAACCUUUUUAUCACUCUCCCUUUCUUGUAAUUGAGGUUACUUCUAAAUACCUUUGCUGUUUUGUUGUGGUAUGAAUAAUAUAAUAAUAAUAAUCUGCAACCGGAUCCCUCGAACGAUCAAUUAUGGCACUUUGAAGUUAUAUAUCGAUGUAUUGAUAUGAUAGUGUAGUUUCAUUGUAAUAGGUAUUUCCAGGGUAACAAAAGAGAAGAGCAGUCACAGAUAAAGUAAAUCAAAAAUCAAUCUGUUUUAUUAUAAGUUGUAACAGGGAGACACCACCCAGCACAGAAGCAGAGAAAAUGUCUAACUGGCUUCUGAGACAGGCCCUUUAUAUCCUAAUCAGACAGCACCAAAUGUUCUGACACAUAUGAAGUCAAAACAAAAAGGCAGUGACUUUGCCAGCUGCUACAGAAUCACACAGUGUCCACAGAAUGCCAUUAAUACAAUACAAUAGUGAAUAAUCAGUGUCCUCGGUCCUCGUACCUCCAGUCUGGCAUCAAUCACUAUCAACAGAUAUGAGAAUAAUCCAUAACAGGUCUAGUGACCAUAGACCGGCACCUUGAGUGUCACAAAUGGAACACUGGAAAAUACGUGUAUUACAGAAACUCAAAAUGCUAAACAUUGUGUUGAUCCCUCUAAACCAAAUAUGUAAUCUAAAAUGUCCCCAUUACAUUAUCUGUCUGUCCAUCUUACUGUCUGUGUUUGUGUCUGUAUCUGUCUUUCUGUCUUUCUGUCUUUUUGUCCCGCUCUGUCAUUCUUUUAAUCUCUCUCUCUCUCUCGCUCGCUCUCUCUCGCUCGUUCGCUCUUAUCCUCUCAGUUGUUCAUUGUGUACUGGGAUGCGGCCUGCUGCUUGAGGACACUGACUGAAACUCUAGAGGAGAUGAGCUUUGUCAGAGACGAGGCCCAGGUAGGUACAUCAUGAUGUCACCAUGUUCGCUCUAUGACUCUGUUGAUUUGUGUCUGCGUUCUCUUUGGCAAGGCUUUCAGUCCAUGCUGUUUCGGGAAGGCGAUGGGUUAUAAUAUGCAUACCGUAAAACUUCAAUUAAUAGCCUGGGAGUUUAUUUGCUUAAAUCACUGAACACAACAGGUGCUUAUUAGAGACAAGAUUCUAUUUGAGCCAGGCAUCUAUUUCUGUAAUGCACACAGCUUUUGCUCAUUUGCAUAGUUAAUUGUUUAAUUCCAGCAUUCACUUCCAGCAUUGUAAUCAAUUUAUUCAUUUCCUGCACUAAUGUGUUAUCAUUUACACACUGUGUCAGGUUUAUUUUGUCUUAGUAUGGCUCUAUUUCCCCCCUCCCAAUAAAAUGUUUCCUUGACAGAAUAAUUACUCUCCUCUUUGACUGUGCAUUUUCGGCAGUUCUUUCACCACUAGAAGGCAAUCUGCCUAUUUCUAAGGGUCUGGGCCCGGUUGCAUAAAACACCUUCAGUUUUCCUUAAAGUUUCCUUAACUUUAAGGCAGUUGCACAAAACAUUUUAAGGUGAAUUUCCCCCUUAAAUUAACUGAAAAAGUUAAGAGUACCCAUGAGGUCCCUUAACUGCUUAAUUCAGUAUGGAUAUCAAUGUAAACAGCAUUUGUGGAGGUGAAUGUUGCUUUCAUCUGUUCUGGUUACAAAAGGAAAAACAUCAACCAGCUAGCUACUUAGCUAAACAAUGGAAGGUGCACAAUCCACAUCUACAAAGCUAGCUGGCUAGUUAGCUAUAGCUACUCUGUAAGCUAGCUUGACGUACUAGAAAGUAGUAUAAACAAGUUAAGAGAAAAGUAACUACAAGAAAUAUGGUUUAUUAUCUUCUGAAGCAAUUUGGUUAUUCUGUCUUGAAGUUCUAUUUUGCUAUCUCACAAAAUUAAAGCGAUCUCUUUGAUGAGAAGUUUAGUCAGUGAAUCAGGCCGUCUCCAUGGUAACCCAAUACUCUUUCUGCCAUAUGUGCCUUAAAAUUACCGUAAAAACCCCUUAAGUAUGCCCAUACCUAAGGAAAUAUUUGGUGGGCUCUAAGCAACGCCCUUAAAUAAUUCCCUUAUGUAAGGGACAAUUAUUCCUUAAGGUAUACCCUUAAGGAAAACACUUGUACACCCUGUACUCUCGAAAUUGUUGACUGUUUUUGUGCUUGCCAGUUAGCUAGCAGUACUCAGCUGUUAGCAGCCAAUGGCUAGCAAUUUCUUACUGGUGAUAGAAACUGAAGAUUGACAUCAUUUUUUGAGUCAUUACUGAAUUAUUUAAUGUAAUAAAUCAAACAUUAAACCUCGUUAACAAUUCAAGGUAAUUCAUGGUAACCUCAUAAACAAUCAUUUACAUGCAGCGUUUAUUUGCUGAAAUGUGUGCUGUCGCCCGGCUAUUAAAGGGGACAGGCGGCUAUUUCAGACUGCAUUUAAUUGAAGUUUUACGUAGAUCGAUACUGACAAAUCUCUGUGUACUGUUAAGGAAUUGUAUGAGGCAAAUUGAAAUUAAACUGGAAAUUGACAAUAGGAGACAUUGAGUAUUACAGAUUGUGUCUUAGGCCUAUCAGAGGGUUUUAUGUGGUGUAUAAAGCCCUUCAAUUGCCUAGUAAGGCAAUCUUGUGAUGUGUAAUGAUGACCACCAUUCAGUGUUUCUAUGUAGCACUAGCAGACAAUGCAAUCUAAUGGGUUACCCCCACUUUUCACUCACUCCCUAGAAAAGACUCAAUAAGAGAAUGUCCCACCUUGUCCUGGUGACAGAGGUCAUGACCUUUGACCCUGUGGCGGGGGGGUCAAGUGUUAAUGAAGGUUCUGAUGAGGAAAGGCCCCUCUUGGUGAACGAUGAGGAGACUGGACGCAGCACCUCAACCAGCCAGAGGGAGGACACCAAACUCACCACUAACUACAGUUUGGUACCGGACCAAAUACUACCAGCUCAGGUUAGUUAGAGAGACUGCUUUCAAUAAUACUUGUAAUCUUAUGUUAUGAUUUGGACUGCUCACUAAAGGAUUUUUCUAUAGUGCAAUAUGUUGAACAAAUGGUAUUCGAGAUCAGUGGAGGCUGGUGGAGGGAGAAAUCUGGAGGACGGGCUCCAGCCACCACUGUCUACGAUAUAGCCUACCUACAGACUGUAGCAUGUGUUCAAUACAGUAUUACUAAGUCUCUUUUGUUGUUCAUGUUAUCCAAACAUAUCUCUUUUUGCAGGCCAAAGCACUCCAACUUUUACUGACCUAUGGUGCAGUGUAUGUCAAGCUGUUGUUGUCUGAAAAGCUGCCAAACUCCACACACCGCCCCCUACGCUCCAGGAGGAAUCACUGCACCACUGCCUCCGUUUGUCUGUGUCAGUAUAUCAAAACCAAGGUCCUACGAUUAUAAGACAGGGACACAGAAAAGCUUAUUCAUUCCACUUAAUAUGUUACUGUAGGACAAUAUAAUACUUGCACCGAUCAUGUAAAAAUCAUGAUUUAAACCCACUGUUGUGUAAAUUAUUAUGCAUUAAAUUGUACAAAC